AUGCUCCGAGCAGACAUGGAACAAGAUUUCUCAAUGUCCUCUGAUUCUGAAGAAUCUGUUGUCACUGACCGAGAGCUUCAGAAAGCAUUUACUAAAGGUUCAUUAAAGCCAGGUCUAAAUGUUGUGCUUGAAGGACGACCAAAGACUUUCAACAAUGUGGAGGGAUUGAAACAGUGUCUGUCUGAAUUCCAGAGACAUUUAGCCUGGGUAGAAAGGCUUGAUGUGACUUCUUGUCUGGAAACAAAUGUUGCUUCUAGUCACACGCCUGACAAAGAUGCUGUUGACCCUGAGGAUGACUUCAAGAGAGAGAUGAGUUUUUACCAUCAGGCUCAAGCAUCUGUGCUGGAAGCCUUACCUCGGUUACAUCGGCUCAAAAUCCCUACUAGACGGCCUGAUGACUAUUUUGCAGAGAUGGCAAAAUCUGACCAACAGAUGCAGAAGAUUCGUCAAAAGCUGAAGAGCAAACAAGAAGCCAUGGAAAAGUCUGAAAGGGCCAAACAGCUCCGUGCUCUGAGGAAAUAUGGCAAAAAGGUACAAACUGAGGUGCUGCAGAAGAGGCAGAAAGAGAAGUCCAUGAUGUUGCAUGCAGUCAAGAAAUACCAGAAAGGUCUCUCAGACAAGCUGGAAUUCCUGGAGGGAGAAAAGCCACCAUCGUCUCAGGGCAAGAAGAAAGAGGGGACUGGAGGCCAGCUGACAAAAAAAGGACCAAAUGCCAAGCGUCGCUACAAGAAUCAGAAAUUUGGUUUUGGUGGCAAAAAGAAGGGCUCUAAGUGGAACACACGAGAAAGUCACAAUGAUGUGACCAGCUUUCGUGCUACUGUAGCCCACCAUAAGGGCUCGGGGAAAGGAGGAAAAAAGGGUGCCAAUAAGAGGCCUGGCAAAAAGGUGAGGCAGAAGAUGAAGAACCGUUCCCGAUAGAGAAUGAAAUGAGCAGACUUUUUUUUUCU